CCCCUUUCUCUCUCAUUCAUUUUGGUCAAUUCUUUUGGCAAAUUUGGAUUUGAAUUCUAUUUUCUUGUGCCAAAAUCUUAUCUUGAUAAAAGGAAAGAAAAUGAAUGGAUUCAAGAUGGGGUUUGUGAUUUGUGUUUGGUUUUUGUUUAUGUUGGGAUCUUGUUUUUGUAGAUUUGUGGUAGUGAACAACAGUUUGGAGGUGAUUUCACCUAAGAAUUUAAAAGCUACAUACGAAUAUGCAAUCGAUAGCUCGAGUUUUCCUCGAUGUGAAGGACCACUAAGUGGCGACGUAGUUUAUCCAAAGGUUAACCAGAAGGCUUGCAAGAGCUUCAUCGAUGAUUUCUCGUGGACAACCAAGACAAGCGGUGGUAGCAAUCCUGCUUUUCUUCUUGCCGAUCGUGGUGAUUGUUACUUUACGUUGAAGGCAUUGAAUGCACAAAACGCGGGGGCUGUAGCGAUUCUGGUUGCAGAUGACCGGCAUGAGUCCUUGUUCACCAUGGAUUUUCCUGAAGACGAAGGUGCACCAGUAAAUUACUUGGAAAACAUAACAAUCCCAUUGGCAUUCAUUAGCCAAUCAUUUGGGAUCUCAUUAAAGAAGCGCUUAUACGAGAAUGAGGUUGUUAGCAUAAAUCUUGAUUGGUCAGAGGCGCUACUUCAUUCAGAUAUGUGAGUCGAUCACGAGUUAUGGACAACAGCUAGCUAUGGUGAUUGAUGAGUAUGGCCAAAGGUGUGACACUCAAAAGUAAAUAUAUAUCGUCCUUGUUUUAAUAAAUCAUUUGCCUUCUAUGUAAUGUAUUUUUUUUGUUGGUUGUGUUUAAAAAAUAUGAGCAUGCACAUUGGU